CUCCUUAAAUCAACCGCUUUUAUUUUUCUAGCGUGGCUAACGGCUGUUACCAUUCAAAGCUGCAAGCUUUACUAAACGCAAUUCAGUGGAUUUAAAAUAGUUCCAAAAAGUGUAUGCGUAGCGGUUUUUCCAUACUAUUUCAACGGUCUGAAUAUUGCAUUUGAGAAAUGUCGAGGCGAAGGCACAGCGAUGAGAGUGAUGCCGGCUCCCAGCCUCACAAACGGAGGAGGACGUCUGAACCCAUUGAGAUUGAAGACCGCUUGGAGUCGCUGAUAUGUCGAGUGGGAGAGAAGAGUACGUCCUCCUUAGAGAGCAAUUUGGAAGGUCUUGCUGGUGUCCUGGAGGCGGAUCUUCCUAAUUAUAAAAGCAAAAUCCUGCGCAUCUCAUGUGCUGUUGCAAGGCUUUUGCCAGAGAAGUUAACGGUGUACACAACACUAGUGGGACUUCUUAACGCUCGCAACUACAACUUUGGAGGAGAGUUUGUGGAGGCCAUGAUCCGACAACUUAAGGAGACACUAAAAUCAAACCUUUACUCUGAGGCCGUUUACUUGGUGCGCUUUCUCAGUGACCUGGUGAACUGUCAUGUCAUCGCGGCUCCAUCCAUGGUUGCUAUGUUUGAGAACUUUGUCAGUGUCACGCAGGAAGAAGACAUACCACAGGUGCGGUCUGACUGGUAUGUGUACGUUGUGCUGUCCAGUCUACCUUGGGUUGGCAAGGAGCUGUAUGAGAAGAAGGAUGUGGAAAUGGAUCGCUUGCUCAACCAAAUUGAGGGAUAUUUAAAGCGGCGUCAAAAGACUCAUGUUCCUAUGCUGCAGGUGUGGACCGCAGAAAAGCCCCACCCACAGGAAGAGUAUCUGGACUGUCUCUGGGCUCAGGUGCAGAAGCUGAAGAAAGACCGCUGGCAGGAGCGUCACAUCCUGCGGCCUUAUAUUGCAUUUGACAGCGUGCUGUGUGAAGCCCUGCAGCACAACCUGCCCCCUUUCACACCUCCAGCCCACUCUGAUGACGCUGUCUACCCCAUGCCCCACGUCGUCUUCCGCAUGUUCGACUACACUGAUGCCCCAGAGGGGCCAGUGAUGCCAGGAAGUCAUUCAGUCGAGCGCUUUGUGAUUGAGGAGAACCUGCGCUGCAUCAUCAAGUCUCACUGGAGGGAGAGGAAGACCUGUGCUGCCCAAUUGCUCAGCUACCCUGGAAAAAACAAGAUUCCCCUUAACUACCAUAUUGUGGAGGUGAUAUUUGGUGAGUUAUUCCAGCUGCCGAGUCCUCCUCAUAUUGAUGUCAUGUACACUGCGUUACUCAUUGAGCUCUGCAAACUGCAACCGGGCUCUUUACCACAAGUUCUUGCUCAAGCCACAGAAAUGAUGUAUAUGAGGCUGGACACAAUGAACACAACCUGCAUAGACCGGCUCAUCAACUGGUUCUCCCAUCAUCUGAGUAACUUCCAGUUCAGAUGGAGCUGGGAUGACUGGGCUGACUGCUUGACUCAAGAUAUUGAAAAGCCUAAACCCAAGUUCGUUAAAGAGGUUUUGGAUAAGUGUAUGAGGUUGUCGUAUCAUCAGCGGAUAGUGGACAUUGUUCCUCCGAGUUUCUCUGCCCUGAUCCCAGCUGACCCUGUGUGCAGCUAUAAAUAUGGAGAGGAGGCUGACAGUUCAUUACCAGGAUUAGCUAUGGCAACUACAGUGGGUAACGCUAUCAAAAACCGGGCAUCUAAUGAGGAGAUUCUUAUUGUUCUAAAAGAUGUCCCUAAUCCAAACCAGGAUGAUGAUGAUGACGGGGGCGAUGGCUUCAACCCUCUAAAGAUUGAAGUGUUCCUGCAGACGCUGCUCCAUUUGGCUGCGAAGUCUUUCAGUCAUUCCUUCAGUGCCCUGGCCAAGUUCCAUGAGGUUCUGAAGACCCUUACAGACAGCGAUGAGGGGAAACUGCACAUCCUCAGGGUUCUGUAUGAGUUCUGGAGGAACCAUCCUCAGAUGAUCUCAGUGUUGGUGGACAAGCUGAUACGGACCCAGAUUGUGGACUGUGCAGCUGUGGCCAACUGGAUAUUUUCUCCCGAAAUGGCUCAUGAUUUCACCAGGUUUUAUGUGUGGGAGAUUCUACAUUCCACCAUCCGGAAGAUGAACAAACACGUGCAGAAGAUUCAGAACGAGUUGGAUGAGGCAAAAGUAAAGCUGGAGAAGCAACACAACAAAAAGCAGCGGGACAGCGGUGAUGAAGAGGACAUGGAGAAGAACAGUGAGGAUGAGGAGGGUCAGUUGGAGGAACAGAUCGAGAGGUUGCAGGAGAAAGUAGAGUCGGCCCAGAGUGAACAGAAGAACCUUUUCCUUGUUAUAUUCCAGCGCUUCAUUAUGUUACUGACAGAGCACCUGGUUCGCUGUGAAACGAGCGGCGUAGACCUCAACACCACCUGGUACAAGAACGGCAUCGAGAGGCUACAGCAGAUCUUCCUCAUGCAUCAUGUGAUCAUCCAGCAGUAUAUGGGUACCCUUGAGAACCUGCUGUUUACUGCUGAGCUCGACCAUCAUAUCCUGGCUGUUUACCAGCAGUUCUGUGCCCUUCAGCUCUGAAAUCCCACAAUGCAUCCCUUCAGACUGUCACACCUGCCUGUUUAUGUGGCAUUUCAAGGUUUAGUGACAUCCAUCAGGAUCAUUGGAGAUGGUUGUUUUGUAAGUAGAGAUAUUGGGAAAUGUCUGACCCUUUUUGGGCCCUUGAUAUGUUUGUGUAGUGUUUCUGUUUUUCUUUUCAUUUUUUUUUUUAACCCAUUGUCAUCAGCUCUGUGGUAAGUGUAGGUCUUUUAAAAUGCUUGGUGUUUAGUAAACCAUGAUAAAGAGCUUUGUUUUACUCAAGCAACCAUGGCAUGAAACUACUAGUUUUUAUGCGUUUUAUGUCAUUUUGAUUGAAAAACGAUUUAGUCGAGUUGGGUUACAAGUAAUUCUACGUUAUCAAUGGUGUGCCUCUGUAAAGCAGACUGAGCUCUUUUGCCUCUGUAAUGCCAUGUUUUGGAUGAUAAGAUGUCUUCCUCUUUUUUUUUUUUUACAAAAAUACAAAAUCAAAAAAUCAAAAAAAUAAUA